GUUUCGCACCAAGUGUUGGAUUUCUUCCUUCCCCUCUGUCACACCUGAUGUGGGGAGCGCUGACCCUCUCAACACUACUGUUGGUCCUUGUGCCAUCUCUAGCGGGCGCAGCAACAUGUGCAACGGGAUUCAAUUGGACUUACAAUUCUCAAGGCCAGAGUCCUUGUGAUGUCGCUGCUUCGCUUCUUGGCGUUUGCGUGCCCGCCGGAGAUCCCUUGCCUCAGUUACCCCCUGGAUAUUAUUACAUUGGGCCAACACUACAAUCCCGCAAUGAAUGUACUUGCAGUUCGGUGUACUUUUCUAUGCUGAGCGCAUGUGCUGUUUGCCAGACCCGUGAAACUCUCCGAUGGUCGACCUAUGCGACCAAUUGCAGCACCGUUUACGUGCAGACCUUCCCCGAUCCUCUUCCCACUGGGGUGCGCGUACCCCAUUAUGCCUACUUGGAUGUUACUAACGUAGAUGGUUUCGACGCUUCUGUAGCGCAAGCAGCUGGAGGCACCGAAUCUGUCAGUGUCCCCUCCGCGACUACCGUUGCCCCAGGCAGCUCUUCUACUGGUAACCAAAACUCUGGGAAGAAAACGAAUGCUGGCGCUAUAGCUGGUGGGGUGGUUGGGGGGGUUGCUGUCCUUGGCAUUAUUGUAUGCGUGGUGGUUUGGUUCCUACUUCGCCAACGCGAUAACCCUUCGGCUGUCCUAUCUCAAGAUAUGACUCUGGUGAGUUACGCGAGCUCAAUAAAGACGCAGCAGCAACCAUACAAUCCUUACCCAAACACGGCCCUAGAAAGCCACUCACCUCUUGAGCAUCAACCAUUUAAUCUGUACCCAAACAGGGCCACAGGAAGCCACUCACCCCCUAUGCAUCAACCAUAUAAUCCUUACCCAAACACGGCACCAGGAAGCCACUCGUCCCCUACGACUUUAUACCAGCAACCUUUCGACUCUAGAUCCGCUGUCAAUGCUGUUCUGCAGAUGUGAAUGAGUCAUCUGCCAACCCUCUGUUCCAAUCCAGUUAUGUAGGGUUACUUACGCGCGCAUGUCCAUUGUCCAACUUGGGUGCCUCAAGAAAACGUCCGGUUGGCGUGCUUUCUCAGAAUAAUAGUCAUCGGGUUCCUUUUUUGUUC